AUGAUUUCCACGCCCUUCCACCACCUAACCAUCCUCGCAGCACUCGCCGCACCAGUCCUCUCAACCCUCGUCCCCCCAGGCUCCCAACAAGGGACCUACAUCGUAACCCUCACCCCAGAAGGCCAAGAACUCCACACCCGAAUCCCCGACAUCGACAUACCAUCACCACCACCACCACCACACCUCCCCCACCGCGACACAACAACCUGGCCCCCCGACACCACCAAAUCAAUCUGCUCCGACAGCCCCUGGAUCACCACGGCCGACUUCGCCUCCCACCCCAACGGCGCGCGCAACGCCUUCGCGGCGCAGUGCGCCGCGCUCAACGGGAAACGCCUCGGCUACCGCGAGAAGAUUUACAGCCAUUGGGGCGACGCGGUGGCGUACAUGUGUUCGUAUGCCGGGAGCGGUGAUGUAGGGAACGGGAAGAAUGGCGGGAACCCGUGUGUUGUGCAGGAGUGGGUUGAUGCUGUUGAGUGGGCUGCGAAGGAUUGUGGGGGGAGGAAUGGGGAUGGGUUUAUGGAGUGUGGUGAGUUUUCUUUUUCUUCUUCUUCUUCUUCUUCUUCUUCUUCUUCUUCUCUUCCGGUCUUUGAUAUAGAAGUUCUGUGUGAGGAUGUGAGUGUAGAGUCCUAUCUCUCGAUUCCCGGAUGGAAAAAGGCGUACGGAUACACGCACAUCAACACCCCCUUCUGCUGA